GGUCGGGGGGCGGGAAGGGGGAGGGCGGUGGUGCGCGGCCGCGGGGGCGGCUCCUCUCUCGCCACCGCCCCGCAGAGUCGCUGCUCCGCGCUGAGCCGGCCGGGCUGGGCUCAGGCUGGGAAGAUGGCGGCGAGCAGGAGAGUGGGCAAGGAGCUGGAUGACUUGAAGAGGUCUGGGUCCCGUUGCUUGAAGGACAUUGAGGUGGACGACACCAAUGUUCUCCUGUGGAAAGGGCUCCUAGUGCCGGACAAUCCUCCGUACAACAAAGGUGCUUUCCGAAUCGAGAUCAGCUUCCCAGCCGAGUAUCCCUUCAAGCCCCCCAAGGUCACCUUCAAAACUAAAAUCUACCACCCCAAUGUGGACGAGAAGGGGCAGGUCUGCCUGCCCAUCAUCAGUGCUGAGAACUGGAAACCCGCCACCAAGACGGAUCAAGUGAUCCAGGCUCUGAUUGCGCUGGUGAACGAGCCUGAGCCGGGCCACCCGCUGCGCGCCGACCUGGCCGAGGAGUUCACCCGUGACUACAAGAGGUUCCUGCGCAACGCCGAGGAUCACACCCGCAAAUUCAGCGAGAAGCGGCCCUGCGAGUGACCCUGCUCCUGCUCUGGCACCCUGCUGCUGACUCCUGGUGGGGAAGACUCGCUGUCCCAGGCAGGGGUGGUGCCUAUGCACUUAGUGGGUGAAAUCUAGUGGGUGGGUGGGGCCAAAAUGGCCUCUCCCACCAUUGCAUGCUGUCAUGGCGAUGCACCCCAUGGAAUUCUGGGGCAUGUGCCCCACCUCUGCCCAGACUAAGGGGGGACCCAGCACCUCACGGUAGCACUGUUGUCACUUGUAGGAGCCCUUCAACUGUGAGGGGGCACUGAAGCCCCAGGGGGUUUUGAAGUUGGGUGCGUGGGCUUUCCCCUUCCCUUCAUUGAUUGACUCCUUUGCUCACCCUGUCUUCACUGGGUGGCCCCCAGGCCUGCCAGGAGUGGCCGGGCCAAAGGCUGCUCCCUGGGCACUGAGCUUUAUGCCACGAACCCCACUUCCUUUGUUGAUCUUAUUUUGGUUUGUCGCCUGGCACUUUAAAACCUCAGCUGCAAAGACUGGAGGGGAGGGUGGGGAGAGCAGCCCCAAAUGCCUUCCCUGCACCCAGCCUAUGCAGACAGGGAGCGAUGGGGGGGGGGAGGAAUUCCCCCCAGGAGCCCUGCAGCUAGGCAGGUGACUGGGGCUGCGUGGGGGGGGGGGGGGGGGUGUCAGGCUGGAGGGUGAUUCUGGGUUGGAAUAGUGUGAUGAGAAAUGUUUUUUUAAAAUAGACCCUUUGUUGGUGGGGGGUUGUGUGUGUGAAAUAACUUCCUUUUUCUGGUCAAUAAAAAUGGACCGUGAUCCCUCCA